AUAACACUCAAUUACAGUGCACCUUAUAAUGUGUCUUCAACCAUAUCAUCUUCAACCAUCUUCUCUGCAUUCAUCUGAAAAUCAAAACAUUCCAUCCAUACCUACCUUUUCAUUCUUGCAACUGAUACCCUCCAAUAGUCUGGGAAACAGUAACUCAGCAAGUAAUUACCUAAGGUGUUUUCAGUCUUAUGAAUUCUGUUGAACAUUGAACAUCUUUCCAAAAGAUUUUAGGUACCUGGAGCCAAAGCAUUUUGCACUCUUGCUACCUGUGAAGAGCCAAUGGACCAAUGAAAACAUCAGGCAUAUUGAUCCUCCUGAAAAAGACUUGUGCAAACCAUUGGAAUCACAGAUGGAUGGUUCCACGAAGAGGACACAAUUCCAGCAGUUGGUCAUCAUGUAUGGUGAGGGAAGAGUUUCAGCAGUACUUUGAAGAGCACCAUCAGCACCACAGGAUGCGGUCAAGUCCAGUUGUCCCCUGGAAUGACCCAACUCUUGCAUUCACCAAUGCUGGCAUGAACCAGUUCAAGAAGGUGCUGUUGGGUGAAGAGCCAAGGCCACAUCCUCGUGUGGUGAACAGUCAGAAGUGCAUUCGAGUCGGUGGGAAACACAAUGACUUGGAAGAUGUGGGGACAGAUUCCACCCACCAGACGUUCUUUGAAAUGCUUGGCACUUGGUCCUUUGGAGAUUAUUUCAAGCCUGAAGCAUGCAACAUGGCAUGGGACUUCCUCACCAAUCGACUUGGCCUGAGACCUGAGGACUUAUACUGCACCUAUUUUGCAGGUGAUGAGAAUGUCUCCCCAGAUCUUGAGACCAGAGAGAUCUGGCACAAUCUUGGGGUUCCUGAAGAGAGAGUGCUUGGAUUUGGGAGGGAAAACUUUUGGGAUAUGGGAUUUGUGGGUCCAUGUGGUCCCUGUUCAGAAAUCCAUUAUGAUCAUGAGCACCAAGGUGGGAGGGUGAAGCAUCUGGUCAAUACCGGCCAUCCCAGUGUCGUGGAGCUGUGGAAUCUCAUGUCUGGAAAGCCAGGAUAUGGGAAGGUGGACAAAUUAGAUGUGAGUUAUCGCAUCAUUGCCGAUCAUGCCCGUAUGGCCACUGUAGCCCUGGCUGAUGGCAUGUUCCCAGAGCACAGCCAGAAGCUUCGAUUCGUGAUUCGGCGAGCACUGGAAAUCUCACAAAGAGACUUUGGGCACUCAUGUGGUCUUUUACAAAGAUUAAGUGAGGGAGUUGCUGAGACCCUUGGAGACCCUUAUCCAGAAAUACCUUUAAAUCUUCAAAGAAUCCAUAACAUCCUUUCAUAUGAAGCUGAACUCUAUGAGAAUAUGAAAAGGAGAGCCCGAGAUCACGGACUGGAUCGUCUCGGCAUCGAGGGUCGCCUGUUUCAGGUACCAGGCGUUGUCGGUGCCUCGGAGGAGAUCGAUCGCAAAAAGCGAAUGGGAAUUUAUAGCAUCAGUACUGAGAUCCCCAAAGAAGAAGUCCUUCGCAUCGGUCGGUCGUACUCCCUCUCGAUCCCUCUGCUGAAAGGCCUCCUGGAGAUGAAGAAACUUCCAUUCCCCCUUAUUAACGAGUCUGAGAGCUUAGAAGCAGACAAUUCCUUGGAGGUAGCCUCUUUUCCUCUGGGGCUCCUUUCACCUGAUUGCAUUUCUCUCUUGGAAUCCGAUGGCUUGCCUGCGACAGAUGAUGCUGCCAAGUAUCAUUAUCACCCGGGUGCCAGUCGAGAUUCUCAUUAUCGAGUGCCAGCAGUCAGAGCUAAGGUCGUGGCUCUUUUUGCAAAUGGUCAAAGAGUCCAGUCUGUUGAAACAGGUGAGGCUAUUGUGAUCACUGACAGGACCAACUUUUAUGCCGAAUCUGGAGGCCAAGUAGGGGAUCAGGGCUUUAUGUAUGCUAAAGGAGAGCCUCACCUUCGUGUGAGGGACACCAAGAAGCAAGGUGGAUACUGUUUGCAUGUCUGUGAUGUCCUCAAAGAGCUCAUUCGAGUCGGAGAAGAGCUUCUGCUCUGCAUCGACGAGGAGUUUCGUACGGAUUGUGCCCGAAACCAUUCUGCCACUCACCUUCUGAAUGCUGCUCUACGUCAAGUCCUGCAGGGAACUGUUGGUCAGCACUCGAGUCGUGUCGAUCGCGAUCACUUGCACCUGGGGAUUCUGACGAUGAAAGGUUCCCUUUCGGUUCGACAAAUCCACGCCGUCACGGAUCUGGUGCGGAAGGCAAUCGAGUCUGACGUACCGGUGAAGACGAAGACGACAAAGAUCAUGGAAUGCGUCCUUGAUCCUAGAGCGACCCUCGUCCCAGGAGAGGUGUACCCAGACGAUGUGCGUCUGGUCUCCAUGGAAACCCCAGAUGACUUCUCUUCAAAGGAGCCCUGCUGUGGAACACAUGUCAUCUGCACAGGAGACAUCCAACAUUUUCUUAUUGUGUCUCAGAAGGCUGUGACAUCUUCCCUCAGGACGUUGAAGGCUGUCACGGGAUCGGAGGCCGUCUGCAUCCUCGAGAAGGGUCAGAAACUGCUUGAUGAGGUGAAAAGAAUUAGUGGCUCUGUAGGAGAGGGUUUGGAGCAGCUGAUUAAGCAGAUAAGGAAGAGGCUGCUUUCAGAACUUGUGCCUUAUGAAAUGAGAAUAGAAAUUGAAGACAAACUGGAUGCAAUUGAGAAAGAAUUCAUUAGUCAAAGAAAGGACUAUCUUGUCCAGAAGAUGAAGGAAGAGAUGUUGGGGGUGCUCAGCAGAAACAAGGACCUUGGCUUUGUGGUUCACAUGCUGGAAUGCAUCCCAAAGGCCACUGAUGUCUCCAUACCCCUAAUCAAGGUCACACGGCUCUGCAAGGACAGACCCAUUCUAAUUUUUGGUCUGACGCACAAGGCCCUUGUUGCUCGUUCUCUUCCCUUUCAGGCAGAAUCAAAGAAGCUCUCAGCUGAGAAAUGGUGUGAAGACAUAGUGAGGCUGUUGGAUGCAAGUGGGAGUGCUCCCAAAGGGCAGGACCCACAACUCGUCUUCAACAUCAGGAAGGAAUUGACCCAUGAUGAACUCUCUGACCAACUUAUAGAAGAAGCAGUGGUUUCUUCUAGAGCCCUUCUUUCCUUGUUGGUAGGUCUCUUUCGUGCGUGUGGGUGUGUCAUGAUCUUGCUCGAAGUGAACAAUCGCAUUGUCGAGGACACCCUCGCGGUCAAGUUCAAGAAUGCCUUGGCUGGGGUCAAGCCAGAAUCGAUAGAUGUGACAGUGGCUGACUUUGAUGGAGUCCUCUUCCACAUCUCCAAUGUUGAUGGGGACAAGACUAAAGUUCGACUGAGCAUCUCGCUCAAGUUCUACAAAGAGCUUCAGGAACAUGGAGCUGAUAACCUGCUUCGUCGAGAAUAUGGAAGUCUCAUCACCACUCCAGAGGAUGGGUACAAUGUGUCUCUGAAGUUUGACCUGGAAAAAGUCCCUAAUAAUUGGGAGGAGCUGGUGAAGAAGGCAGGGAUGCUGAAGAGAAAUUGCUUUGCUUCUGUUUUUGAAAAGUAUUUUGAGUACCAAGAGAAAGGAGGAAUCAACAACAGGGCCGUGAUCCAUUACCGAGAGGAAGAGACCAUGUAUGUAGAGGCGAAGGCAGAUCGUGUGACGGUGGUGUUUAGCACCAUCUUCAGGGACGAUGACGAUGUUGUGAUAGGGAAAGUCUUCAUGCAGGAGUUCAAGGAGGGCCGGAGAGCCUCCCACACUGCUCCACAGGUGCUGUUUUCCCACCGAGAACCCCCUCUCGAACUGCAACACACAGAUGCCAAAGUAGGAGACAACAUCGGAUACAUCACUUUCGUGCUGUUCCCGAGGCACACGAACCCGGCGACGAGGGACAACACCAUCAACCUGAUCCACAUGUUCCGCGAUUAUCUCCAUUACCACAUCAAAUGCUCGAAAGCGUACAUCCAUUCCCGGAUGAGGGCCAAGACGGCUGCGUUUCUGAAGGUGCUCAACCGGGCCAGACCCGAGCCGAAGAACGUCGAGAGGAAGACCAUCACGUGA